AUGGCCGCCUCCCGUAUCUCCCAGAUCGCAGCCCAUCUCAACUUCCCCAAUGGGAUGCUGGCUGGUCAAGUUGCCAUCAUAACAGGCAGCGGACAGGGCAUUGGCGCCGAAGCAGCCCGCCUGUUUGCCAACGAGGGCGCCCUGGUCGUCGUCUCAGACAUCGACGCCGAGAAGGCAGCAUCGGUCGCUGAGAGCAUCAACUCCGCAGGCGGGAGGGCACUCGCUGUCCCUGGCGAUAUGCUGGAUUCCAAGUAUAUCCAGACACUCGUGGAGAAGGCUGCAGAAUUUGGCUCCGGGAAGAUCCAUAUCAUAGUCAACAAUGCAGGAUACACAUACGACGGCGUCAUCCACAAGAUGACGGACAAGCAGUGGGACACAAUUAUGGACCUUCACACCAAGGCCCCCUUCCAGCUGGUCCGCGCCGCGGCGCCAUACUUCCGCGUCAAGGACGGGGAGCCCCGGUGCGUGGUCAACAUCUCGAGCACAUCGGGCAUCCACGGCAACGCGGGACAGGCGAACUACGCCGUAGCCAAGGCUGGCGUGACUGGCCUCACCAAGACGAUCGCGAAGGAAUGGGGCCCUGCUUUUGGCGCGAAAGAGCAGGGUGCCUUUAUAACAGGGCCAAAUGGUGAGAAGAUCGCGCUGGGGAUUCCCAAGGCACAGCAGGCCACCAAGGACCAGCACCUGGAUAUCCCCUUGAGAAGGCCUGCUAUGUAUCUGGGCAGACUAUCAUGGUAA